CGACCUUGUUUCCUUUUCUCUCUGCUGACUACCCAGUGACAAUAUCAUAGAUCAUGAGUACUGUUACUUCUUCGUUUGCAUCCCCCUCCAAAAGGCUAGAAGGCAAGGUGGCAAUUGUUACAGGUGGAGCAAGCGGCAUUGGAGCAAGCACUGUGCGUCUUUUUUGGGAGAAUGGUGCCAAGGUUAUAAUUGCUGAUAUUCAAGAUGACCUUGGACAGGACAUUACCAAUAAGCUCGGUCAAGAUGUUAGCUACAUCCAUUGUGAUGUAUCAAAUGAAGAUGAUGUGCAGAAUCUUGUUGACACCACCAUUUCCAAACAUGGAAGACUCGAUAUCGUGUAUAAUAAUGCAGGGAUCCUAGACCGCCACCUUGGGAGCAUCUUAGAUACCCAGAAAUCAGACCUGGACCGGCUUAUUGGGGUUAACUUGGUUGGGUCUUUCCUAGGAGCCAAACAUGCUGCAAGGGUCAUGAUACCUCAGAAAAAGGGCUGCAUACUAUUCACAGCCAGUUGUUGUACAUCAAUUGCAGGCAUUUCAACUCAUUCCUAUGCAGUGACCAAGUAUGGCAUUUGGGGGCUUGCUAGGAACUUGGCUGCUGAGCUCAGGCAAUAUGGGACAAGAGUAAACUGCGUCUCCCCUUAUGGCUUGAUUACUGGCAUGGGGCAGCAGCGGCUCACCAGUGAAGAGGUAGAGGCAGCAGAGGCAUCCUUGAGUGAGAUGGGGAAUUUCAAGGGAGAAGUUCUCAAGUCUGAGGGUGUUGCAAGGGCUGCACUCUACUUGGCUAGUGAUGAAGCGAGUUACGUGAGUGGGCUCAACCUUGUGGUGGAUGGAGGCUUCAGUGUAGUCAAUCCUACCAUGAUCAAAGCUUUUAAUAUGCAUUGAUCGAAAUUGUAUGACUACUUCCUGCAGUCAUUCCAGAAUUGAAAUAGAUAAAUGGAGUGCCUAGUUAGGUGACUGGGGGUGAAAUUUAGAUUAUUCACGAGUAUUAAUUUGUUACCUCCGAUUGUAGUAAUGCUUCACUUGUUUUCAUUUUUGUUAGAGAACUAUGUGCGUGACCGAUCUUGCCUUAUUGGAGUCUGAAUUCCACACAUGAAAA